CUCCCUGGGGGGUUUCUCCCCUGCUGCAACAAUGGCGAAAUCGAUUCCUCUUCUUUUCUUGACGAUCGCCGCCCUUCUCCUCUCCCUCCCCCAUCAAUCUGUCUCUCUACGGAAUCCGAGUUAUCUAGGUUUUGUGGUGAACGCGACGCAGUUGCCGCCGGAGGAGUACUACGAUUACAUCGUCAUCGGAGGCGGAACCGCCGGCUGCCCACUGGCGGCGACGCUGUCCGAGAAGUACAAAGUUCUGGUUCUUGAAAGGGGCGGCGUGCCCUAUGGGAACCCCGAUUUGAUGACCCAAGAAGGGUAUCUCACCGCCCUCACCGACGUCGACGCCUUCGACUCUCCCGUCCAGGCUUUCACCUCCGAGGAAGGCGUCCCCAACGCCCGCGGCCGCGUUCUUGGCGGCAGCAGCACCAUCAACGCCGGAUUCUACAGCCGGGCGGACGGGGAGUUCUAUCUCCGGUCGGGAAUCGAUUGGGACAUGCGAUUGGUGAACCAGUCUUACGAAUGGGUGGAGAGGCUCAUCGUUUUCCGGCCGGAGCUCCGGAGCUGGCAAAUGGCGGUCAGGGACGGGUUACUGGAAGCCGGAAUCGACCCUUACCACGGCUUCAGCUUAGAGCACGUUCUUGGAACCAAGAUUGGUGGGUCCACCUUCGACCCCACCGGCCGGCGACACAUCUCCGCCGACCUCCUCUCAUACGCUAACCCUUCCAACAUCCGCGUGGCCCUCCACGCCACCGCCGAGAGGAUUCUGGUGAAAAAACACACGGCGGCCGGAGUUGUCUUCCGGGACCGGACCGGCAGGUACCACCACGCCAUGGUUAGGGGUAAAGGUGAAGUCUUGCUCGCCGCCGGAGCUCUGGGUACCCCUCAGAUUCUUCUAUUGAGUGGAAUCGGCCCAAGACCCUACCUUUCUUCUCUGGGUAUUCCGGUGACCCUUCACUCCCCUCACGUAGGGCAAUUUCUGUUUGACAAUCCCAGAAAUGGAAUCUCAAUUGUCCCUCCAUUGCCCUUAGGGCACUCUCUGGUUCAGGUUGUGGGGAUAACAAGCUCAGGAGCUUACUUAGAAGCUGUAUCCAAUGUCAUCCCACUGUCUUCCCCUUCCCCACACCCUUUCUUCGCCGGAAACCCAUAUUCUCCGCCUGUCUACUACCGCACCGUGGCCACCAUCUUGGAAAAGGUCAUCGGCCCGACCUCCGCCGGGUCCCUCAGAUUGGCUUCGACAGACGCCAGGAUGAACCCACUGGUCAAUUUCAACUACUUCAACGACAGGGGAGAUCUGGAGAGGUGCGUGAACGGGACCCGGAAGAUCGGCGAGGUCCUGAGGACGAGUUCCAUGGAGGCGUUCAAGUUCACGCAGUGGUUCGGGGGCAGGGACUUUGCUUACGUGGGCCCCGCGCUGCCGGAAGACCAGUCCAACGAUGCCCUGAUGGAGGAGUUCUGCCGCCAGACGGUGAGCACCAUAUGGCAUUACCACGGCGGCUGUGUGGUGGGGAAGGUGGUGGAUGGGGACUUCAGAGUGGUGGGGAUCGAGUCGCUUCGCGCGGUGGACGGUUCCAUUUUCACUGUCUCGCCGGGGACGAAUCCCCAAGCCACCCUUCUCAUGCUUGGGAGGUAUGUGGGCAUGAAGAUGCUAAGGGAAAGGAUGUGGUAGGAAGUGAAGAGAAUGUAGUUUUGCUUCUGUGAGUUGGCACUUGAGUAGAGAAAUUUAAGCACAAAAAAAGAAAGUGAAUGGGUUAGGUUUAGUUGUUUUCUGCUAUGGGAAAAUAGUAUGGUUGGUUGUGUACAUAAAUGAGGGGUAUAAAU